AUGUGUGUCGCUCAGACCUUGGCCCUCGAAAGCUUUCAAGCUUGCCUGCCCAAAUGCUUUUCAAUUGAGGUUCUGGGCGCUGUGCUGAGUCUACUGCUUGUGAUUCCAUCGGGGUCGGAAGCCAGCAGUGCGCAGGUCGCCGGUGCCGUCGUCUGUGCUUUCUUGUCUUUACCGUUGCUGCGGCGUCCUGGAAUAUUUGGCUUGCUGCAGAAGUACAAACAGGUUGCCUUGGUGGUAGCUCACCCGGACGACGAAGCCAUGUUCUUUUGGCCCGUGCUCUCGCAGCUUUGUGCGGCAGGUAUCAACAUCAGCGUCCUGUGCCUAUCCACCGGAAAUUUCGAUGGGCUUGGGAGCAUCCGGCAAGAGGAAAUGCGGCGAUCCUGUGCACGAAUAGGUGUGCACGGGGAAGCUUUGGAAGUCCUUGACCAAGCCGAGUUGCAGGAUGGAUGGCACGAAUGGCCUGCGGACAUCGUUGCUGGCAAGGUCAUCGACUUCCUUGAGAAGCGUGGCGCAAGUGUUGUGCUCACUUUCGACAACGCCGGUGUGUCAGGUCAUCCAAACCACAUCUCCACCAGCUCAGGUGCGCAGCGUGCGCUAGAGCUUGUCCAUGGAGAUGCCAAACUACCUCAGUUCGAGCUGUUCCUGCUUAAGAGCGUAGGGAUCCACGAGAAGUACCUGGGCCCGCUUUGCUUGCUGCUGGGGCGGGAGUCUGUGGCCGAUGCUGCAGCCAUUUCUUGCAGCGCCCCAGCUUGUUUAGCGGCCUUGGCCGUGCACUGGUCACAGCUGGUCUGGUACAGAGUCCUUUUUACUUUGUUUUCGCAUUACGCGUACGUGAACACCUUCUUCAGGCGUCCGUCUCAAGACGCCUGGACUGUCCGAGCAGGCAGGGGAAAGCCAAGCCCGCAGAUCAGCAUCAACUUGGGGAAUGCGAAGGCACAGGAGGCAGACGUCGACGAGCCUGCCAUGUCUCCAGAUGCAGAGAUGCCGGCGGCGGCAGAGGAUGCUGCGAGGAAGGUGCCUCCGGGCAGCCCGGAAGAUCAAGAGGCUGUGCUCGCAGCCCUGGAGUCCCUGGUGGCCACGACUGCAGAGACGAAGACGGGGAGGAGCCACACCCGAAAGCCGCAAAACUGCGCCGAACGGCACGUUUCUGCAGUGAGGCCGGCCGAAGCCCCCAAAGCGGCGCAGACGAAGCCUCCAAAGAAGCGGUCCUCGUCAUCGUCUUCUGAUAAAAAGCGGAGCCUUGGUCCAGUAAGUGAUACAUAG